AUGACGAACGUCACUAAACUGACUCCCACAAAUUACCUCAUGUGGAAGCUUCAAGUUCAUGCUCUCGUUGAUGGCUAUGGCCUUGUUGGUCAUCUUGAUGGCUCCACAUCGGCUCCAUCACGGACGAUUACCUCCGCAACUGUUGUCUCUGAUAAUCCAGCCUAUGUAAACUGGAAACGUCAAGACAAAUUGAUCUAUAGUGCCCUUCUUGGUGCUAUUUCUCUCAAUGUCCAGCCAAUCUUGUCUCGUACAACCACCUCUUCUGAGAUCUGGAGUACUCUUGCGGAGACGUAUGCCAAGGGGAGUCGGGGACACGGUCUUACCACCAGGUUUGAUACACUUGCCAAUCUAGGUAAACCAAUGGAUCAUGAUGAUCAGAUUGAUUUAAUUCUUGCCGGUCUACCCGAAGACUACCGUCCUAUUAUCGAUCAGAUUGAAGCUCGUGAUGUCUCUCCAACACUUACGUAUGUUCAUGAGAGGUUGCGUACUCGUGAAGCCAAACUCUUGUCCAAAGCAACGCUUAUUACCCUUCCCAUGACUGCCAAUGUCGCGUCCCAUCGUCCUUCCAACAACAACAACAACAACUAUCGCAGCAACAACCAACACAAGCAGCGUUCCAACACUCAGAACUCUCACUGGCAGUCCUCUUCUCCACGUUCUGAUCAGCGUCAAUCUCGUCCAUAUAUGGGCAAAUGCCAGUUCUGCAACACUCAUGGUCAUUCUGCUAGGAGGUGUCCUCAGCUUCAGAAUCACAUCUCUCUCUCACGUCCGCAACACGGCAGUCCUUUCACGUCUUGGCAACCACGCGCAAAUCUGGCUCUAGGUGCGUCCAACCACUCUGACCCAUGGACACUGGAUAGUGGUGCUACCCACCAUAUCACAUCGGAUCUCCAAAAUCUCUCUCUACAUCAACCAUACUCUGCAACGAUGAGGUUUUGA